AUCAACACAACAGUCAUUCCGUCAUGGAAACCUGUGUAGAAAGACCGAUUACUCACGUGAUUAGACCUUCAACUCAAGUCUAAAUUUAUGAAUCAGCACAAUAGUGUUUCAGACUCCAGGAACCGUCCCGAGUGUUGCCAGAAGUGAAGACUACCGCGUUACCUCACAACACAACUUGCUCGUUCACGGUCAGCAAAUCCUUUACACAAAGGAAGCUGGAGGAAAAUAUAUAAUUUUUUUUUUUAUACUUUCUAACGGGUGUAAUGUCAGUGAUAUAGUUGCCUUAUUCUUCGGGGAUUGUUUGGAGGCUACUGGGCUGAAUGGUGCAAACUGGAGGUGUGGAGGAGCCUAGAGAACUGCAGCAGCGUUAGUCAAGUGUGGGCACCAGAGUGUGUAAUGGAGCACAUGAUCACUUGAUGGACAAGUCUAUGUCAAGAUGGAGAAUCCCUGGCUGAAGAACUUGAUAGGAAGCUGUUCCUCAGUAGUGAAAGAGAAGGAUGUACUUACAGUAUAUCAGAUAAGAACAGAACUCAUUCACAAGGAUGAAGACAACAAAAUACAAGUGAUGGCCAUUGGACCUGUGAAUGAGGAUCCCAUUAAGUCAGUUCUGCUGCUGGGGCAGACGGGGGCUGGCAAGACCACAGUCAUCAAUGGCAUGAUUAACCAUCUCUUUCGUGUCAACCUUGAGGAUAAUUUUAGGCUCCAGUUGAAAGAUCAUGUUAAACGAGACGAUCUCCUUCCAGUAGAGAGUCGGACAGAAUAUAUUACAGCCUACAUUGUCUACUAUCAAACAGGAAUGCCUCUGAAGUGUAAUUAUAUGUUGAUAGAUACACCUGGGCUUGUUGCCAACAGAGAAGUUCAUAAUCAAGUUUCCAUUAAAAGACUGGCCAUCUUCCUGGGAAACAAGUACAAUAUUGAUAACCUUAAUUGUGUUGCUUUAGUAGCCAAGGCAAAUGAAAACGGGAUUUUGACAUACCAGUCGCAAAUGCUAGAAGAGUUUACCUCAGUCCUGGGAAGUAAUAUUAGCAACAUAACACAGCUUCUGGCUACAUUUGCUUCAGAUGACACUUGUGCAGUUGCAAAUGUGGCGAGGCACGCCCAAGUCCAGUUUGUCAACGUGUACCAACUUGACAACUGGCCUCUGUAUGUUCUACUUACUGAUAAUGCAUCUCAAAAAGAAACACCCAAGUUUCUUCAAAAUAGAUGGGAUAAGAUGCAAGCAGAGUAUUCCAGAUUUUUUGAAGAGUUACUGAAUUCUACUUCAGUAAGCCUUCAACAGACAAGAAACCUUUUGCAGGAGUAUAGGCUCCUUGAGGAAACAAAAACUGCAUUAAAACUCACUGUGAAACGAACUGCUGUGCUGAUUGACACAAUAAAUUAUCAGAAAAAAUUACUAAGCAAAACUGCAGAUGAAACAAAAAAAAUCACAUGUACGAAAAUUGAAAUGAAUCCACAAAAAGAAAAGUCUUCGGUUAUCGAGGGAUUUCAUGCCCAUAACUGUGAGAUCUGUCAAAAAACUUGCAUCAAUUUUUGUGAAGACCCAACCAAUAUAGCUGCUGCAUUGGCUGGAACUGGCACUGGAGUUGGCACUGCAGCUUUUACAGGAGUUGGUGGUGCAGUAAGUGCCGGAGCACUGUUAGGAGCAGAGGUGGGUAUUUUUGGUGGUCCAGUUGGACUUGCAAUUGGUGGAGGCAUUGGAACUGUUGUUGGUUUAACUGCUGGACUUACUGUUGGUCUUUUAAAAAGGAAAACAAGCACAAGAUGCCCCAUUUCAUCCCGUGGUAUAUGCAAGAGUGAUGGAUGCUCCCAUGAUUUGGCACACCAUAAGGUUGAGAAAGAAAAAUAUGUUGUUUUUGAAAUACCAGAGGAAAGAAUUGACAACAACCAGAAACUAAGGUAUGAUGACUUGAAGAGCCAAAUAAAGGAGUUGGAAACAAAGAUCAUGAUAAAUAAGAUGGCGGUGCAUGACCUUGAAAACGAGCUGACUUCUGGAGCAAUAGCUUUGGUGGAGCGCACACAUAAAAUAAAUGAACUGAGUAUGAGAUCUAAAGCAUUUUGCCCCUUAUCACUAAUAGAUGAAAUGAUCUUGGGUGAGAGGGAGAAUUCCCGGUAUGUUGCUCUUUUAAAGAUGUUGAGGAGUGCAAUAAUAUUGAUGUCUGAAUCUCAGGAGAUGUGUAAUGUUGGUGGUGAAAUUAAAAGUGAUGGUGAUGCUGAUGUUUGUGUGUGAUGAGUUAUUCUCCUGGUAGCAUCUUGGAAACACAUUAUCAUACAAGUGCAAGUUAGCUGUUAGCCGUUACUUAUAACAGAUAAAAACACAACAUUAACAUUGCAAUAUUAGUUUUAUUAUUACUUAUUACUGUACCUGUAUUUCUAUUAUUAUCCAGUAUAGCUUUAACGAUUCCUAUCUAUGCAAGAUUGCCUUCUUAAAUAUUUUGUUUACUGUUCUGUAAAUUACUGUAAAACUAAAAAUAGCAAAGGACUAGUUUGCACAGUGAUCUGGGACCCCACCAGCUACCUGGAUGGUACCAGCUUCCUCGGUGAUCUCGGGUUGGUGGGACCCACCAGCUACCUGGAUGGUACCAGCUUGCUCAGUGAUCUCGGGUUGGUGGGACCCACCAAUUACUUGGAUGGGAUUAGUUGUUCAGGGUCCUUGGACCUAUCAGCUACUGGGAUGGUGGUAGUUUGCUCAAGAAUCCAAAGCCAUCAAGUCUCGGAUGGUGUAGUGGUAACACUCGCCCCACACCUUGCGAACGAUAUGGUCUGGGUUCGAGUCCUGGCCAGGGAGGAUUGACUGGGUGCCAAUCUUUAACAGUUUGCCCCCUGUUCACGCAGUAGUAAUUGAGGACCAGGUUUUUAACCGAUUAGUAGGUUGUGUUCUAGGGAAAACUUGUAAAGCUUACCAUGAACUAUGGGAAGGUAAAGCUCCCCAGCCUGUUAACAAACAUAUGAAUUUAGCUACUCCUGUACCCAUUCAAAUUGCUUAUUUGGCUUAGGGACUGCAACAUUGUGAUACAUAAAGCUAGAUGAUAACCAGCUGUGCCUAUUAAACUGUAGUUUUCCAGUAGACACACAGAUAGGUAUUAUGACAUUGUAGUGAUAGUAAAUGUCAUUCAUAUGAAGAUUAUGUUAAGGAUAUUAAAUGCAUUUUAAAAACUAAUGUAAUGAAAUGUAAUUCCUAGAUUUAAAAGAUUAUAGUAUUAGUAAAACAAUACUCAGAAAAUAUAUAGAGUAAAACUGACGAUAAAAUAAAUAUAAAACAAAUCAGUUAAAGUUGUUCUUGUUCAAACCCUGGGUAUAUGGUCGUCCCAUCCACACAAAAUGCCUCCUCCCUUUCCAUGAUAAUCUGGUGCCUGGUCUAAUGUUGGCACUCCCAGUUGUAAUGUGGUGCUUGGGCUAAUGAUCUGGUGCCUGGUCUAAUGAUCUGAUGCCUGGUCUAAUGAUCUGAUGCCUGGUCUAAUGUAAGCUCUCCCCUAGUUAUGAACUGGUGCCUGGUCUAACUUUAAGAGCUACUUAAUGAUGAGAGGCAUGUAUAUAGCACUUUAUUAUAGAACCUGAAGCUUCAACACUACUUUAAUACUGUAUACACAAUAAUAGCACAACACGCAUUAACUUGUUUAGGACGAAUGAAAUUUUUUUUAUUUGUUACAGUACAUAUAUGUAUUUCUUAGUUUCUCUUAAACUGGUUGAGAGAAGUACAGUAUAGCUUUAAUCUCAAUUGGGAGGUCAUUCCACACCUUAGGAUUAUUACCAUAGUAUAUGCAUAUUAAAAAAAAAAAGCCACUAGUAUACAAAGCAUUUCUGGAAUAACUAAAAAUAAUUAAUAAUUUUGAAUGCUACAAGAAUAAGCAACAGUUCAACUUUGAAGGUGAAUGCCCAAUUACUGACUCUUAGCUUCUUUCAAUUGUGCUGAUGUGAUGUGAUAAUAUAUAUACAAGUAAACUGUAUAUUUGUAUGUGUAUAAUAUAUAUACACAUAUUAGGGUACAACCUCUGGUUGUUUGUAGAGACCCUCAAACCUCGAAGAAACCUCAUGGAAUGGAGACAUCUCUAUGGACAUCCUUUUCUUUUUUUAAGCUGUCAUGGUCAAGCAGUACAUACGUGUCUAGUCAUAGUCAUACAUAGGAUAUCACAGGAUAGGUCUGAAUCUCUCUGGGUACAAUUGCAAUUUCACAUAACUGGAAAAUGUCAAGCAGAAAAAAUUACUUUCCUAUUUCAAGAAACCUCGACUCACUCUAAAUUAAAGUACAAUAAAAUAAUUAUACAAUAUGGUAUGUGUGAUACAAUGAAGUAGUCUUUGUUAGACUAGCAAGGAGAUAUUUGUGAUUUAUGUUCAUUAUUAUAUUCAUACAGUAAAGGCUCUUCAAAUAUUGUACUUUGUACAUAAAACAGAACAAACUAGGAAGGAGAACAUGUGCAUUAAAAUGAAGAGGUGCAUGCAAUAAUUCAUAUGCAAUAUACUGUACUGGUUUUAAUUUAUAUAUCUAGGAAGAAAUAAUAAAGUUAACAAAUAGCACAGC